AUGUUUAAAAUUUUAGAAGUAAACAGUACUGAUUUUACUGUUAAAGCAUAUAAAGUUCCACAUCUUGAUCAUAUUUAUGAAUUAAAAUUUUUUCUUAAUAAUAAUGAAGAAAUUGAUUUAAUAUAUGACAUUAUUGGAAAACCUGAUAAUGUAUUAAUUUAUGAUAACAACAAAAAUAUUAUUAAUCAUUAUUGUCACAAAAUAUUAAUUGAAGAUAAAAAAAACCAUCAAAUUUAUUGCAAUGAUUUACUUUUAUUUAAUAUUAAUUCACAAAUAAAUAAUUUAACUACAAUGUUAACAUAUAAAAAAAUUGGAAAAUUAAUAAAUCAAGUUGCAAAUGAAAAUAAAGAAAAAGAAAAUACUAUUAAAAAAUUUGAUAAAGAAACUUUACAACAUCAAUAUGAUGCAUUAAUAGAAUGUUUUGAUAAUAACUUUAAAAUAUUAGAACAG